UUUUAAAUGGACUAAAGAAUCGAAUAGUUGGAGCAAUGCAUAAUAUAAUUGCAAUUCUAAAUCCUUGUUCAUAAGAUUCCAAUACCAAAUGAGACAAUCCCAGAAUACUUGAAAAUUAUGGAAGUCCCAGCAUUCGUUAAAGCAAAAUUAAAAUCCAUUAAAUUCAAUCCUAUAUAUGAGGCCAAAGAUGCUGUCUUCAAAAAUGCUACAAAUAUUGGAAUCAACAGAGUGUAUUAAGGAUUUUGGUAAAAUGAAUAAUAGAAUGGAAGAGGUUAAGUAUUUGAUGAUUAGGAAAAAAAAUUUUUUUAUGGCUAUUGGUAAAAUGGAGUCUUUGUUUAAGGAUUAAUUAUAACUGAAAACUUUUUAUUUGAAGGAGAUGCAAAGGAUGAGCAAUUUUUGGAAGGUGUUCUUGUUUUUUCGGAUAAGCGAGUGUUUAAGGGUAGGUUUUCGCAAUAAGCACUAAAUGAUGAUAAUGGAGAAUAUCUUAGUUAGACAGAAAAAUAUAAGGGAGGAUUUAAAAAUGGAAUGAAGCAUGGUAAGGGCAAAUUAGAAAAUGAUAUUUUUACAUAUGAAGGAGCAUUUGUAAAUGAUAAGAUAUGUGGUUAAGGAGUAUUGAUAGAGAAGAAAAAUGGAUGGAGACAAGAAGGUAUUUUUGAUGAUGGCAAAUUGAAUGGUAAGGGUGUGUACAUUAGAAGUCUGGGAGAUUAUUACGAAGGUAUUAUAAGUUAUAUCAAAUAUAGGGGAUUUCAAACAAGGGUAGAGACAUGGCAAAGGCACUUUGAAGAGAGAUGGAAUAAUAUACCAAGGAAAUUACAUUGAAGGAAAGUUGGAUGGAUGGGCACAAAUGACUUAGGAAAAGAGGAUUUUCAAAUGUUUUUUCGAGUAAGGAGUAGAAGAUCUAAAUAAAAGAUAAUUGGUUUAAUGAAUAUUAUAAUGUUAUUCAUUAAAGC